AACCAUAGCAGCCGGAAGCGAAAACGACUCCAUAAAAAUGAAAAGGUUGGGAAACAGAUCACAGACUUUUUUCCUGGCAGCAAGAAACAAAAGAAAAUCCAGGAAAAUGAGGAAAAUACACCAAAUGUCUUCCGCAAAAAUAAGUGCAAAACGUUUUUUGAAAAAGAUGCACCGCAUAGUUUGGCCAAACGGCGCUUACUCUUUAGUAUACUAAAAUCAGUAGCCGCUAUCAGGUGCAAACAAGUUCCAAAAAUGAAUCGAUUUGUUUUGACAUAUGUGGAUGCAUUCGCUGGUAAAGGGUACUUUGGUAAAAGGAUACUUCCAGAACCUUGUGAUGACAUUUGUCAAUGGGGAACUCCUUUAAUUGCUUUACAUGCAUUCAUUGAAGAAAUUAAUGCGCAAAUAAAUAAUCAAGUUAGUAUCGAAUACAAAGAAGAAACAACAUUUAAAAACAAAUACACAGAUAAAAAAAUAUUAGAAGAAAUUUUAUGUUUCCGCUUUAUUUUUAAUGAUACUGAUAACAUCGAUGAACUCAAGGAAUUUAUAACUGAUUAUCUUAAGACUAAGACAGGUUGGAAACUAAUAUGUACCGAUGAGUUCAUAUAUUUAAGUAAACAAACUAAUGAUCAGUUUACUCGAACAAUAGAGAUCGAGUUUUCAAAGUCAAAGUUUAAAAAAAUGGAACCUAAAUUGGAAAGUAUUGAGGGACCAGCAUUUUUUUUUCUCGAUCCUUUUGGAAUAAAACUACCUUUAAGAAUCAUAAGAAAACUAAUAAAAGAAGAAAGAGAUGUAAUUAUUAAUUUGAAUGUAAAGUAUGCAGCCCGAGUUAUUAAAAAUAAAAAAAUGGUAAAACUUUGGAAUGAAAUUUUUGGUUCUAAAUUUAAUAAGGAAUCAAUUUCUAACAAAACCUCAAAAAAGUAUUGUGAAAUUGCAAACUACUAUUGUAAACUGCUCAAAGGUAUGAACAAACAAACAAGGCUUUUUACAACUAAGUUUAUACUUAGAAAAGGAAAGCUUCGUCCAGAUAAUGCAGAACUAUUUAACCUUGUAUUUGCAACUACUAGCCUACUGGUGUUGCAAAAAAUUAAGUUUUCAAUUCAGCGGCAUAAUCAAACCAAAGGUGAAUGUUCCUUUUCCGAUUACUUCAGUAUUAACGGAGUAUCAAUACCUGAAGGUAGAAAAACAGAUGAUUCUUAUGAAGCUAACGUUAUAUACAAAAUGUUUUCCAACAAAGGUUCAGUUAGACUUGGAAAGUUAAAAAAACUUAUUAUCGAAAAAACGCCAUUUCCGUAUCAUACAAAAGCGUUAAGAAAACUUGAAAAAGAUGAUUCUAUAGCUGUAACUCCACUUGAUUAUUUAGAUGAAAAAGUUUUAAGAACAAAAAAAAGUUUUUGCAACGAAGUAAGUCACAAUAUAUAUGAUACCGACCUAAAAUACGGUAACUUCUGGAUUAUCGAGUUUAAACCAAGGUAUAACUGGAAAAUUUUGAAAUAUGAAGUAAUAAAACCAAAUCGAUAACUACUAAUCUUAUUCAUUCUUAGUUGCUAUGGAGACUUUGUUUUUUUUUAAAUAAAUACAUCAUUAUUAA